AUGGACGCGACCUUGUGCGAUUAUGAGGAGGGCGAAAUUCCUAUAUGGCAAGAGCCAAGGUGCGAGCCUCUGGGAGCCCCUAAAGAAACCCUAUGUGAUGAACUACCACCAGAACAAAUAUCCGGUGACAGAAUACACGCCUUGGAGGAGGAACAAGAGAUAUUAUCGUCUUCCGUUUUUUCUUUGACGUCCCACCUCGCACAAGUUGAAUUUAGAUUAAGACAAAUUUUAAAAGCCCCUCCAGAAGAAAAAGAUACUAUGUUGCAAGCAUUGGAAGAGUUUACGUCUAGAGGAGUUGAUUCAAGGGCGGCCCCGCAAGGAAGUGCGGGGGAGUCCUGCAACGAGUGCCUCGAAUUGGAGCGAAAAAUCCGCAAUCAAAAAUCAAAGCAGGCACAUUUCAUUGAAAGACUAAAAUCACAGCUGAAAGAACUCGAAAGAUACGCUGAAGGAUCUUCAAAUCCAGAUGACGAUCAGCACAGGUCAUUAAUAGAACAUUUACGAAGGGAAAUAGACCACAGUUUAGAAGAAGGGUGUCAUCACCCACUAAGUACUGAAGAGUUACGGCAUCAAAUCGACUGUGCAGUGCGUCAGUAUGCUGAGAGACAACUCUCCAAAGAAGAAAUUAUUGGAAAACUACAAGCUCACAUUGAUGAUAUGCAAAAAUUCAUAAAGCUUAUGAAAAAUGAAGACGCGAAUCGCACGAAAGCGAAACCUAAGGAGCCGAGAAACAUGGGAAAAUCGGAAUCUUUCGAGAAAAACUUUACUAGUAAUAAAGUGAACGACGAACUAAAGGCCGAGACUAUUAAUUUAAUGAGAAAAGCAUCUACUUUAAUCCAAAUAUUCACUGUAUCCCAAUUUGGCUGUUCGCCAAACUCAAAUAAAAAGUAUGAUCGAAAAUCCUCAACCAUUGUCACUCAUUGGGGUAAUCUUAGAGCAAAACUGGAAAUGUCAAUAGAUGCUGUACUCCAUAUAGUCUCUAGGGAAAGAUCUCAUAUUCCUGAUUGUUACGACAGUGAAGAAGAAGAAAGUGGUAUAGUGAUAAAUGAUGCUCCACUUACAACAGCUGUACGAAGACAUCUCGCUGUUAACUUACGGGAUUUACUCCAACAUGGGCUAGUUAGUCCAGAAUCAACAUCUUUAGUACCAAUAAUAGGCUGCUUUCCAGUUAGAAGAACUUCUUCAUCCAAGUCAUUACAUGUAUGGGAGUUAAUCUUGCGUUAUUAUGAUUUAAAUGACGGGGAUAAGUUCAAUUCAACCCCUGCGAGGAAAUUAAGUCAAAGUUUUAAUUUAGAUAUAGUCGGAGGGACAGCUAUUACCAAUAAACAAAGUCUACUCAGUGCAAUUGGCAGUAUAUUAGCAUCCCACACACCGUAUAAGAGAAGUUAUGAUGCUCAUUUCAAGGCAUUUGUUUGUGCGGCACUAAACUGUCAUAAACUUGUGAUUUGGUUAAACAUAAUAUUGAAGUGCAGGUCUCUUAUAGAUUCAUCUUAUUCUUCAACAAGCUAUGUUGUAAAUACAGGUUUCCAGGACACUUUACAAAGCUUAGAUCGCCUAACUCCAUACAAUUUUGAUUUGCCAGUUGAUCUAGCAGUAAAGCAAUUUCAGAAUAUCAAAGAUGUUUUUAUG